AUAAAUUAAAAAAAAAAAAAAAAUCCCUAUGAUCUAACGGCUGAAAGUUAGUGUGGUUUUGUAUUUAUAUAUUUGGUUGUAGAACAUGCGAGAGAUAUAAUCCUAAUAUUUGAUAACCUUAAGGAUCAUCCUUCCUCCUCUCUAAUGGAACCGGAAACGAUCACUACAGAAAUGAACGUGGCUAAUAUCGGAGUCUUCUGGAACAUGGAUGACAAUCCCAUCCCUGACGGUCUCGAUCCUACUACUGUUAAGGAGUACAUCAAAGGGGCUUUUGAAGAUAUGGGCUAUCUUGGUAGACUUAUUAAAGUUAGGGGGUAUUGCGAGGAUAGGUCUGAACUUGUUUCUUACUGUGAUGCUGCCGGAAUCUUUUUACAAAACCGAGUGUCCAAAGUUGGAUAUACUGAAGUUGACCAUAUGUUGGUGGACAUUCUUACGUGGGGACUGUACAAUCAGGCACCCUCAAACUCGAUGAUAAUCACAAAAAACGUCUCAGAAGAAACGGAGCUAUUUGGUGUACUUGAAGAUUUGAAAUUGUUGAAUUACAAUAUUCUUGUUUCAUCUCUUGGGGAAGUCGCAACAGCAGACUUAGUUUGUUUGUCCACACACCUAUUUGGUGGAGGAAAGCCUGUCGACCAAAGCAUAAGUUCACAUGGUGUCUCCAAUAAGCUGGCACAUGUGGCGAACACAGGCGUCUUCUGGAACUUGGAUGACUGUGAAAUCCCUGAUGAUAUUGAUAUCUAUCAGAAUGUCAAAUCCGCUCUUGCAAAUCAAGGUUGCCAUGGUCAAAUGUCAAUCUGGGCUUAUUGUGAGGAGGACAAGGAGCCCCUCCCUGGUAUCACCCUUGUAUCCGCAGGCGAUGAAACUGCGAGAUUCAAGAAAAUGCUUAGGGACAUUCUUUUUUGGGCGUUGCAAAAUCCUGUCCCCUGUCCGAUAACAACAGUACCCAGCUUGAUGGUGAUCUCAAACAUGUCAAGGAACAUUAAAUUUGCCUAUGUUCUUCAACUAUUGGCUUCGAGAGAGUACAAUGUACUCCUUACUGUUCCUGAUGAGAAAGAAUAUAUAUGCUCCGUAUGGCUCUAUCCAUUCCUAAUACAAAGCCUAGCAAAUUUUCCCAUUUGUAAAAAAUCGGACAAGAGCUUGCAUGAUAUCAAAACAGGCAUCUUUUGGAACAUUACGGGCUGCACAUUCCCCAAUGAUAUUCAUCUCGAUGAACUGAAUGAGAAUAUCAAAUCAGCUAUUAAAAAUCAGGGUCAUCAUGGUGAAGUGUCAAUCAAAGCUUAUUGGGAGGGGAGUAGUGGCUUAUACCAUUGGCUCCACGGACCAUCACCUUACAAGAAAGAGUGUCGAAAGAUGAAGAUCCAUCUGUGAAGCUUGGUAACAUGUUUGUGGACAUCCUUUCAUGGGCAUUGGACCAUCCUGCACCAUCAAAUUUGAUGGUGAUCUCCAAAGCCAUCUCACAAGAAACAGAGCUCUCAAGCCUUCUUCAAGAUUUGGAAUCAAAAGGGUACAAUAUUUUAGUUGCACAUGCUGAAGAAGCCGCAUCACCCUUGCUACCUCCUGCAUGCUUGGAAUGGCAUUUUAAUACCCUAAUAGCUGGAGGCAACCCUAUC